AAAACCUGUAGAAAUCUCAAAGUUCCAACCCGCCUUCGAAAAUACAAUGCAGAGCUUCCCCCGAGCAUUAUCAAGUCUAGGUCGCAGCAAUGCAGCUUGGACAUGCUCGGCGUGUACGAAGGCGCUCCGCCAGCCAUCCAAAACAGGCUUCUUCAAUUCGUCGAUGAGCAGGAAGAUAUCGAAUACUUCGAAACCUAGACAAAAUGUCGCGCCGACCAUGGAGCAACUGCGGGAGCCGUUCAAGAAGAAGAACAGCUCCACUAUGUACUAUACACUCAGUAUCAUACUGGGCACCGUAGCCUUCUCAUAUGGUUCUGUCCCCAUGUACAAAAUGAUCUGUCAAACAACAGGCUGGGGAGGCCAGCCCAUCAAAGCUCCCGGUCAUGGUGGUCCCGAUGGCGGGGAUCCCUCUCUCCGCCUCCAACCCGUUACUUCUUCAAAGCGCAUACGCGUUACCUUCAACGGGUCCGUCUCGGAUGUCCUGCCUUGGAAAUUUGUGCCCCAACAACGCGAGGUCAAAGUACUUCCUGGUGAAACGGCUCUCGCCUUCUACACAGCUACAAAUAAAAGCGAGGAGGAUAUCAUUGGCGUGGCGACCUACAGUGUCACCCCUGGCCAGGUAGCGCCGUAUUUCAGCAAAAUCCAGUGUUUCUGUUUUGAGGAGCAGAGACUGAAUGCUGGGGAGACAGUCGAUAUGCCUGUUUUCUUCUAUAUCGACCCUGAUUUCGUGAAUGAUCCGAACAUGAAGGGGAUUGAGCAGAUUACCUUAAGCUAUACAUUUUUCAAGGCGAAAUAUGACAAGAGUGGGCAUCUGACGCCAAUACCAGAGGGGAGGUAAUUGUACGAUAUCUGGAGUUGCAAGCUAAUGAUUAGCAUUGGGCGGAGUUUGGCAUGCGGG